UAAUUGAUGCCUUCACCAAGUAGAAUGGGAGAGAUGGCUUUAUGUGGCCUCCCUCCGUCAGGUGUUUCCUGCUCCAGCACUAACCCAACUCCGCAGACCGUCACCUUUAGCUGCUAAGAUGAACCUGGCUCCAUCCUGUCACCUCACACUGCUCCUUCUGCUUGUUGUAAAUCUACCAGGUGUGUACGGAAACAGAAUCAUUGGUGGUGCAGAGGUAGCCCCCUACUCCACCAAGUAUCAAGCCUCUCUCCUGUACUUGGACUAUCACUACUGUGGGGGCAUCCUCAUUCAACCUCAGUGGGUGGUGUCUGCUGCCCACUGCUGGAAACCGAAUCACCUGAUCCAAGUGGUCCUGGGUGAGCACACUCUCUCCACAGUGGAGGGCUUUGAGCAGGUGUUUAAUGUGUCCUUAAUUGUCAGGCAUUACCAGUACCAGUCCUGGACGUUUGACAACGAUAUCAUGCUGCUUAAGUUGGACCGUCCAGCUAUCAUCAACAAUAAGGUCGAACCGGUCCCUUUGCCAGCUCCUGACUCACCGCCCUUGGCCAACUUGGCCCAGUGCAUAGUCAGUGGCUGGGGUGUGACCUGGCUCAACAGCUACACCCUGUCACCUGUACUCAAUUCUGUGGAUGUGAACAUUUUCUCCAACUGCAAGUACUACUACUACUUCUUCAGGAUUACGGACAACAUGAUCUGUGCUGGCUCACUCUAUGGUGGGAAGGACUCUUGUCAGGGUGAUUCAGGAGGACCUCUUGUCUGUAAUGGUAAACUUGAGGGCAUUGUUUCUUGGGGCAUUGGCUGUGCCUAUGCUCUCUACCCUGGUGUCUACACCAAGGUCAGAAACUAUGUUGGAUGGAUCAAGAUGGUCACCCAGAACAGCUAA